AUGAAUUCUUCGUCUCUUCUAGCUCGGUCGUCUUCUCGCAUUUCAACGAUUACUCUACAACUUAGAUCUAAAUUCAUAACUUCCAGAUCCUUUUCAAUAUUAUCAAAUUCGCGGUUUUUGGGUGAAGCUCGAAUUUCCAAGUUUCCCAUUGUUAAACGCGUCCAACCAACUCAAUUCAGAAGAAUUCGGACAAUUUCUAUUGGUGACACGAAAGAACGAGUGCACGAAAGGUCUGAUUAUCCAAUAGAUAAAAUUCGUGAAUUAUUUAAAAACGAUACUAUUUCCAUCAUUGGAUAUGGUCCGCAAGGAAGGGGACAGAGCUUGAAUGCUAAAGAUAAUAAGAUAAACGUAAUUCUUGGCUUGAGAGAAGGAGGCAGAAGUUGGAAAGAAGCCUUACAAGAUGGUUGGGUACCCGGAAAAGACCUUUUUAAUAUUGAAGAGGCUCUCAAAAAAGGAACAAUUGUGGGUAAUCUUCUUUCCGACGCGGCACAGAAAGAACUUUGGCCACAAUUCGUUCCACAUUUGACAAAAGGGAAGACUUUAUAUUUCUCUCAUGGAUUUUCAAUUGUCUACAAGGAUCAAACUCAUGUCGUUCCACCAACAGAUAUUGAUGUAAUUAUGAUAGCACCGAAAGGUUCUGGCAAAACCGUUCGUUCACACUUUCUUGAAGGUCGUGGUAUAAAUUCAUCCUUCGCCGUAUUUCAAGAUAUAUCCGGAAAAGCUGAAGAAAAAGCUAUUGCCCUAGGGAUUGCUAUUGGUUCAGGAUACCUUUACGAGACCACAUUCCAAAGAGAGGUUUUUUCAGACCUUGUUGGUGAACGCGGAGUGCUUAUGGGUGCCAUCCAAGGAUUAUUUCUCGCUCAAUUUGAAGUAUUAAGAGCAAGAGGACAUAGUCCUUCCGAAGCAUUCAAUGAAACUGUAGAAGAGGCAACUCAAUCUCUGUACCCAUUAAUUGGGCAAAAUGGAAUGGAUUGGAUGUAUUCUAACUGUUCGACAACAGCACAACGGGGUGCUCUCGAUUGGUAUAAACCAUUUCGUGAUGCAGCUAAACCUGUUUUUGAAAAGCUGUAUUCUUCAGUUGCCGAUGGAGUUGAAACACGUCUUAAUCAAAAAGUAAUUAUAAUGACUAAUGAAUGCUAUUAUGUUUAUGUUUUAUGA